AUGCUUUUGAAAAAGCUCCCGCCGACAUUGCUAAGUGGGGUCCGGUUUGCGUCGUUUGGGUUGGGUGAUAGCUCUUAUCCCAAGUUCAAUUGGGCGGCGCGGAAGUUGUAUAAACGCCUGCGGCAGUUGGGCGCAACAGAGAUAUACCCCUGCGGGGAAGCCGACCAGCAACAUGCAGAGGGACUGGAAGGGACUUUUAUCCCGUGGAUGACAGACUUUCGCAAACACCUCCUGGAACAAUACCCGCUGCCGCCAGGGCAAGAUCCGAUACCGGACGAUGUGCAACUACCACCCAAAUGGGUUCUCAAGCUGCAAGACGAAGACUCGCCAGCUCAGACGGAACACUCUGUUCCCGGAACGCACGAGGAGACAAAUGCAGGGGACGUCCGUCCAGCGCGAAUGGACCAUGACUAUCGUCCUAUUCCAGAUACCUUGACGGCGACCCUGGUAGAGAACAAGCGCAUGACACCACCUAAGCACUGGCAGGAUGUGCGCCAUAUCACCCUGACCGUUCCCGAUGCGGUGGACUACGUCCCGGGUGACAUGAUUUCGAUCACGCCGAAGAACUUCCAGGACGACGUCGACGCCCUCAUCCAGAUGAUGGGGUGGGAGGACCAGGCAGACCGCCUCCUAAGGCUGGUCCCUAAUGAGAGUGUUUAUACUGUGGAAGAUGCUCAUACACCUCCCAUCCACAGCCUGGAGUCAUACCCCAGACUAACACUACGUGCCCUGCUGAUGGACUACCUGGACAUCCGAGCCAUCCCGCGCCGGGCCUUCUUCUCCGCCAUCGCCCACUACACGAACGACGAAAUGCACAAGGAGCGGCUGCUAGAGUUCACCAACCCGGAAUUCGUCGACGAGUUCUGGGACUACACGACCCGCCCGCGACGGAGCAUCCUGGAAGUCCUGCACGAGUUCGACUCGGUCAAGAUCCCCUGGCAGCACGCCGCGACGGUGUUCCCCGUCAUGCGCGGGCGACAGUUCAGCAUCGCCAGCGGCGGCGAGCUGAAGCGGACCGCCGAGGGGGGCGCGCGGUUCGAGCUCCUCAUCGCGAUCGUCAAGUACCGCACCGUCAUUCGGCGCAUCCGCGAGGGCGUCUGCACAAAGUAUCUUGCGGCACUGCGGCCGGGUAGCACCCUGCGCGUGCAGCUACAGCGCGGCGGGCUCAAUUCCUCCGUCAGUCAGCUCACAGGUCCCACCGUGUUGAUCGGGCCUGGGACGGGCGUGGCACCGCUGCGGUCGAUGCUCUGGGAGAAGGCCGAGAUUGUCAAGAACUAUAAGGCGCAGCAUGCCGGGGCCGAGCCCUCGAUCGGGCCCGCGGUUCUUGUCUACGGGGGCCGCAAUCGGGCGGCGGAUUUCUUCUUCGAGGACGAGUGGAAGGAGCUCGCCGGGCUGAUAAAGUUGCAGGUCUUGACGGCAUUUUCGCGGGAUCAGGAGCACAAGGUCUACGUGCAGAAUGUGAUCCGGGAGAAUCAGGAACUCUUUAACAAGGUUCUGCACGAGAUGUCGGGAUCGGCGUAUGUCUGCGGUUCGUCCGGGCGCAUGCCGGAGGCGGUUCGGGAGGCGCUCAUCGAUGUGUUCCAAAACGGGGCAGCGAGUGACGCCGAUCGGACGGAGCGAGACGAGGCGGAGGAGUAUUUAUUGGCGGUAACCUCGGUUGGAAGCGGAGGAGCAGUUGGCCUUGGGUGCUCGUCGGCCCGCAUCGCUAUUAGCGGCUUGCGAAUUCUCGUGCCCGUCAAGCGGGUGAUUGACUAUGCGAUGAAACCGCGGAUCAACAAGGCGCAGACGGGCGUCGAAACGACCGGGAUGAAGUUCUCGCUGAACCCGUUCGACGAGCUCUCGAUCGAGGAGGCGGUGCGGCUGCGCGAGCGCAAGGACAGCCCCGUCAAGGUGGAGAACAUCCUGGCGCUGUCGGCGGGCGGGACCAAGUGCGCGGACACGCUGCGCACGGCGAUGGCGAUGGGGGCCGACCGGGCGUUCCACGUCGACGUGGGCGAGAAGGACGCCGGCAGCGGCGGGCCGGAGCCGCUGACGGUGGCCAAGAUGCUGAAGGCGGUGGUCGAGAAGGAGAACAUCAACCUGGUGCUGCUAGGGAAGCAGGCCAUUGACGGCGACCAGGGCCAGACGGGCCAGAUGCUGGCGGGCUUGCUGGGCUGGCCGCAGGCCACGCAGGCGAGCAAGGUCGACGUCAAGGAUGCCGAGGGCACCGUCGAGGUCACGCAUGAGGUCGACGGCGGCGUGGAGACGCUCCGCGCGAAGCUGCCCAUGGUCAUCACGACGGAUCUGCGGCUGAACGAGCCGCGGUACGCCAGUCUGCCUAACAUCAUGAAGGCGAAGAAGAAGCCGCUGGAGAAGAAGACGCUGGCGGAUUUUGGCGUCGAGGAUCAGAGACGUCUGAAGACGCUGAAGGUUACUGAACCCCCGGCGCGACAGGGCGGAGGCAAGGUCGAGGACGUGGAUGGCCUGAUCUCCAAGCUGAAGGAGCUUGGUGCCCUGUGA